GCUCAGAGUUUUUCAGAAGCCGGACCUGACACGGUCACACACAGGACCAAGCAGGAGCAGGACCUCAGCAUUUUUACUUUUUAUUACAAAUGGAGAAACAUGAAGAUGUUCAAUACUGUUUUCAAGACGGAAACUCUUCUUGCAGAAAGGCUUUUCUAUCGACAUCUAUCUACAUAACACUGUACAUCUUCUUCUCAUUGAUUUCAGCAGUUACAGUAUUUUUGAACCUAAUGGUGAUCAUCUCCAUCUCUCACUUCAAGCAGCUCCACACUACAACCAACCUGCUCAUCCUCUCUCUGGCUGCGUCAGAUCUCCUGGUGGGACUGAUUGUGAUACCAGUAAUGACUGUAGCAACAAUGGAAUCAUGCUGGAGUUUUGGGAAAUAUUUCUGUGUGUUUCAUGGAUAUAUUGCUUCUUUGUGUACUUCUUUAUCUCUGGGCAAUUUGGUCUUGAUAUCUAUUGACCGCUAUGUUGCUGUGUGUGAUCCCUUAUUGUACCACUCUAAAAUAACAACAACAAGAAUCACGUGUUUUAUAUCCAUCACCUGGUGUUGUUGUAUCAUAUACCGUGCUGCUAAUAUACAAUAUUUUGUAAAUGUACAGGUACCAAGUCGGUGUUUGAAAGAAUGUACUGCUGUUGAAGGGUCAAUCUGGGUUAAUAUCACUGACAUUGUAAUUACAAUGGUUGUCCCGUGCUCUGUUAUUAUAACACUUUAUAUGAAAAUCUUUGUGGUGGCCAGAUCACAGGCCAGAAAGGUAUUUUCAAAAGAGGAAGCCAGUGUGUCUGGUGUUAAAACUAGUCAGGCAAAUAAGUCUGAGACAAAAACAACAAAAACUCUGUCUAUUGUUGUUUUCAACUAUCUCAUUUGUUGGAUUCCAUCUCUAUUUGUUUUUAUUUUAUUUUAUUUUUUAAGUUAUACUUUGUUACCAUAUUUAAUCUCUUUUCUGGCAUUUGUUAAUUCCUUAAUCAAUCCAAUAAUUUAUGCUUUCCUUUAUCCAUGGUUUAAAGUGACAGUUAAACUUAUUUUAUCUCUGAAUUUAAGGCAUUCAUAGUUCAUGUUUUUAUUCCCUAGUUUGACAAACAUAAGUUUAAUAUAGUUUUGUUAUACAAUUGUUGUAAGUAUCUCAUUCAUGUAACAAUACACUGACAUGACUUAGCUCAGUGUUUAGGUACAUGUGGUGUUGAUACAGAAUGAUUUGACUGGAUUGAAUUGGAAUGACUUGGAGUCGGCAUAAGAAGGAAUAAGCUUGUUUAAUAAAAUACAUUGUAGUCAUUUUGGGUUGUAUAUUCCAAAUACCAAAGUCUGUUGAUGUUCCAUGUUAUUUAAUGAUAAAUAGUUUGUAAGUAUUCUAAAAGUACAUUUUGAGGACGUCAUGAGUCUUUCUAUAUGUUGUUCAACAUCUCCCUCUAGUGGCUCAAUUGGGACACAAUGCCUUCACCAAGUGUAGUAAAAUGUAAAUGUACAAUAUGCAUGAUAUCAGAUAACAUCCAAGUAUAUCUCAAUGGUGUAUUGUGUAAGUAGUUAAUGGUCAAAUUUAAGAAUUUGCAAAUAUGGUUAACACUUUAUAAUAACAUUCAGUAAUAAAACAUGUGUAAGGAAUGUA